CUGGGCGCGGGCUUCAUGCGCGUGUUUGGGCGCGACCUGGCGACGCUGGGCACGGCGGCGCCCACGCACUUCGAGUUCCGUCGGCCGCGCGGCGUGGCGCUGUCCUUCGCCGCCAUCGCGCAGCGCACCAACACCUCCUUCCUGCUCGCCAUCCGGCGCCCGCCCGGCGCCGCGCCCUCGCCCGCGGAGGGCUUGGAACUGAAGGGCCAGAUGGUGUUCUGCCCCGAGUCGGACAGCAUUCUGUUCGUGGGCUCGCCCUUCCUCGACGGCCUGGACGGGCUGACGUCGCGCGGCCUCUUCAUCUCCGACAUCCCGCAGCACGACGCCACGCGCGACGUCAUCCUCGUCGGCGAGCAGGCGCGCGCGCAGGACGGGCUGCGGCGGCGCAUGGACAAGCUGAAGAGCUCCAUCGAGGAGGGCAACCGCGCCGUCGACAAGGAGCGCGAGAAGAACACGCACGACGACGUGACGAUGCUCUUCUCGGAUAUCGUGGGCUUCACCUCCAUCUGCUCCACGGCCACGCCCAUGAUGGUCAUCAACAUGCUGCAGGACCUCUACUCGCAGUUCGACAUGCUCUGCGGACAGCUCGACGUCUACAAGAUGCGGAUCGGCCUCCACACGGGGACGGUGCUGGCCGGCGUGGUGGGCAAGAAGAUGCCCCGCUACUGCCUGUUCGGGCACAACGUCACCAUCGCCAACAAGUUCGAGUCCGGCAGCGAGCCCCUGCGCGUCAACGUCAGCCCCACGACUUACGAGUUCCUGACGCAGCACCCUGGCUUCGUGAUGACGCCUCGGCCGCGCGACUGCCUGCCCAAGGGCUUCCCGGCCGACAUCCCGGGCACGUGCCACUUCCUGCACACCUACCUGCACCCCGGGCUGGCUCGGGACGGCUCGUGCACGCUGCAGGACAACGUGCAGGCGGCGCUGCGGGAGCUGGGUUUCGUCACCGACGCUGCCCCGCACUAGCCUGUCACGCGCACGCCCCGCCCCGCCACGCACGACCUCCCGCGCAGAUCGCGGGGCAACGUCACCUCACGCCGUCUGACGCAGGGGUCGGCGUAUCCUGCAGACGACGCGCUCCGAAGUCGGCGAAUGACACAACUGGCGUACCCCAAGGAUGACAUACCUCGAGAACAGUGAACAAGAGCCUUUCUCGAGACGGCGAACCCUCAAGGAUGUCGAAUUCCAAGCGCGGCAUGCACUGAAGUCGGUGCACUGUAUACCUCGAGGAUGGCAUUGCCCUGCGGGUCACAUUCAUUGGAACCGGCGUACUCGAAAAACGGCGUACAUCAGUUACGAUUUAUCCCAAGGACGUCUAUCCGGCAGCUGACGCACUUUGAGGAUGGCGUACCUGGAAGACAGCAUAUCUUGAGAACAGCGUUCACGAGAUCGGAUUUGCGCUUGACAAAUCCUGCAAUUUCUGAAGGGAAUCCAUUACUGAUUCCCAUAACUAGACUAGGCACAACGAAAUGGGUUCACUUGUUUCGGAAGUGCUGAAUUGAAUAUGAAUUUCUAAUCGGAAUGUAGGCCUGUAAAAUAACUUACCUGACAUUGAACCGAAUAUCUUCGUGGUCGAUGUCAGUCUUCCUAAGAAUAUGUCGUCGGCCUUUUUAUAGGGAUGUGCAAAAACAGUGUCCAAUGUUGGGUUGUGUGAUUUUUAAUAUUCAUUUGGUAGUUGCAUGAAAAUUGUGUGCAACCAUGUUGAAACUUAGCCACGAUUACUUUUCUAAGUUGUGAUGUAAAUAAUCGAUUACAUGAUUACGCACACUUCAGUUUGUCUCUUCUCUACAAACACAAAUAAAAAUUUCGUGGUCAGUUAGACAUUUAUAUUACUUUUGAAUCUCCAGUAAUAUACCAGCACAUCCCUACCUUAAUACAAUUUUGUUUGCGGCAGAAUUCAUUGAAUGAGUAUCAGCUUUUGUGGACUGCAACGUACCUACUGAAUAUUUGCCUGUUCAACGAAUAAACAUUUAGCGUCGUGUAAUGAUAUUGCUAUGCUGAGGUACUGAAGACAAUUCUCGCUUUUGUGUGACAUAAAUAUAUCUACUUGCGAGAACAACUUAAAGUGUAUGUGCUGUGGCAAGAUUGCGGGUCGGUCAUGGGUGUGCAAAACAUUCCAUUAUCAUCUCAUGCCUUUCAACAUCAUUUCCACAAUGCCAAUAUGUGUACAAUUUAUUCAGAAAUAUUUUUUUCUGUUAUAAGUAUUCAAAAUAACUUUUUAACUGUUUCAUGGUUAUAUCUCAUGAAAAACUUUAAUUCGGAAAGCUAAUGUCCCAUGAGACAAGAACACAGUUAUUUUCAAAUUAUUUCUUACGAUCGUGUAAACCACAUGACGAAAUUUAUGUUUGAAGCCAAAGUAAGUUAUAUUUAUCAAAUUUACAAAUAUGUAGGCCAAGAAUGAAAAAUUCUAACAUAUUUUUUAGAAAAUAAAAAUGCUUCUACAAAACUUCAAUCGCUAUCAAAAUUGUAAAAACAUGAUUUUUGUUUUCCGCCUUGUAUUCAGAUUUUUCGUUUACUUCAUAGCUUUCUUAUAAAAGUCUUUUUUAUUUUGCUUUUUUUGUAUCGUAAACUGUAAAUUUUUCCAUAUGAGAAAUGCCUUUAAAUUAUCAAUUUUUGCAUAUCAAUGAAGCAUUCCAUUUAUGUUAUUCUAGAGUUUUAUUUCCUUUUGAGUUAAAAUGUUGCAUUAAUUAUGGAUUAAACAUUUCUUUCCUUGCGCAACAUUCUAAGAAGAGUACCACUACAUCAAGGGUGGUUAGGCAACCAGAUAACCUUUAUUCACAUAUGCUCUGCGGAGCUGCAUUCGCGCAGGGGCUCUGUGCCUUCAGUUUUGGAUCAUUCAAUUGGAACCUUUUAGAGUACUUUGGACAGGUUCUAAGCAAAAGCUAUCAAUAAAAGUAUUAAUGUAAUACUCAGUUUUGUUUGACUACUUUCACAUAAUAUCUAUGUACAUUUUUAAUUGGUUUGCAAUUUUUUCUACUACUGUUUGUUUAUAGGUGUAGCUCUUUUUACAGGUUCUUUUAAUCAUUUAUCGCUCGCAAAAUGCCACUUUAAUAUUUUGUGUUUUAUCAUGUCGAGAGUUCUGCAUCAUAUCUGAUCCUUCCAUUUCUAUGUUUACUUCAUGUUUCCAUUCCACACUUGGUCAGCCCCUUUCUUUCGUUUCGUUGUUCAUUACUCAAAGUCGAGAUGCAUACGUUACAAAGCUAGCGAUUAAUUGUAAGACUUUUAUUGUUUGUGGCAUGCUCACACUAAUUUCUUUAUAUAAUUUGUUAGUUAGGUUUGAUUUUUUUUAAUUUCAUGGUCCUUUCCAUAAUAUGUCUACUUUUUCAUGUUCUAGGGUUCGUCAAAACAAUUUCUAAUUAAUUAUUAACAUUUAUUUCGCAUUAUUUUAUUCAAUAAAAUCUUUGAUUUUAUUUAAUUGAAAUGUUAAGAAUAAACUAAAAAUUAAUAAUAAUUUAAAUAAUUUAUAGAUGCUACUUCUUAAAAUUUAUUUUCUAAUUAUUUGAUUGUAAUUUUAGAAUUUUCAUACAACUCUUCGUAAGUUUGAACAUUUUAUUUGUUUACAAUUGCGUGAUAUUUUAAUAAAUUGAGAAUAAAGGAGAACGUCUUAGUAUUACAACUCAGCUACGCGGAUUUAUAUUUAUAAUUGUACAUGAUUCAAUAAAGACAUACAAUUGCAUCUGACAAUUCUAUUAUAAAUAAUAUUUUUACCACUAUUUCCAGCAAAUGUGCGCUUAAUCAUGGAAAGUAAUUAAACGUGGACAAUCCAUAUUUUAUGUCAAGACUAUAUCGAUAUUAAGUAACAGAAGAUUAAGAGGAUAGUUUGAUCAAGUGAAUACCUAUAUAUGUGAAUAUUUCUCUCUAUGUUUUUGAAGUAAUUUACGUAAAGAAUGUUACCAAAUUAAGAAAUUCAUUAUAGCAUUUACUUUAUCCUGUAAAACGUCAGAAGUGAUAGUAAAAUGUUUAUCAUUACUUUUGUUUAUGCACGACUCUGGCCAUCAUAUUACAUCACAUUUUUUAUUCUAUAAAUCUAAAUACAAAUUAUUUUUUUCUCAAAGAAACCUGAACGCAUAUCCUAUAAUAUAGAAAUUGAGCCAUACAAUUUCUCUCUUAUUUAUCUGGUUUACUAAUGUAUUAUUGUAACUAUUAUUAUUAUCAUUAUUAAACAAUACUAUUUAUAUACAUACUGCGGAAACUGGAUGAAGUAGAGCAAUUAAAGCAGAAUACUGUCUCUUAGGCACAAAUUUACGUUCGCAAAAACCCACAUAUUUUGUGAAACAUUCAGAAAUCUAUUCAAAAAUUUGUAUGCAUUUGUUAUUUUAUGUUUCAUGCACUGUGGUACGAUUGUUCAGAAAAAUGCUUGUGGGUUUGAGGUUGUAUGCUUUGUAACAAAGCAUCGAAAUAAUCUUCUGACAUGAAUACAAAAUUUCCAAAUAAUCAUGAUCUAUUGGCCAUCCGAUUGAGUUCAUGUGUAUAAGUACAUCCAAAAUUUAUUGAUUACUUUUAAUAUUUAAUUCGGAAAUGUAUAGUUUUUAAAAUUAAUUUUAUAUAGCAUUGUAAUAUUUUGAUUCUUAAUGAAAUGGUCUAAAAGGAAUUUCUACUUAUUACGCAGAAUUUCAUUCUAAUAAAUUAGCACCUGUAAUCGGUAUGCGCUUGUUUUUCAAACGAUGAGUCAUUUUUUUAAUUACGGUUCAACAUGGAAAGUUCAUUACCCAGUAAAAUCGCUGAAUAUCCAGGUAUGAAAUUUCAGUCGGGCGACGCCAGAUUUUCAAAUGGUUCCAAUCUUUCUUUUUAAGGAAAUUUACUGUUUGAUCAAUUGUGAACACAAAAAUGUUCAAACUACGUGAAAGAAACCAUUUUUACGCGUCGAGUAAACAUUUUGAGAUUUUCGAUUGAUAUGAAUAUAUAAACUGAAUUACACGCUUCAAAUAUUUUCAGAAACUGCUUGACUGGAAAAUAAAGGGCAAUAUGAAAACAAUGUAAACUACAUGACAUGUAUAGUGGUUGUGUUCUAGUUUCUAUACAAUGUGUAAAAUGUUAUUAAGUGAACAAUGAAGAAACGUUUCUUCUGCAAGCUAAGGGCAGCGCAAGAAUUAUUCUCCUGUCCGGAAAAUGUCUUCGUAAGAAGUUACCUCUUAUGAAUCCGCAGAUAGCAAUGCUUCUCUGCGGUGUUCGAAAACAAAAGAAUGCACAGAUCUUUUCCAGGGCGCCGCCAGCAACUUAUCUCAAGUAGAUGAGUGCAGUGGUUCUCAACUUAUUAACCUGAACUCUCUUUGUCGAGAUUAUAUUUGAUGUAAUUUUAUUGAAAAUGCAAAUGCUUCAAGAAGAAAGGUAUAUUUGACAGAAAAAUAUUUUCCAAAUAUGUAAUAAUCUCCUGAAAGGAUCUUCUCCACUUCAGUCCGAAGCCGUUUCUGAUGUCUUCGAAUACAUAAGUAAUAAAUACUUUCUUGUACAUUUAGAAUGAAUAUUCUUCAUGAAUAAAGAAGGAAACUUGAAUGUGCUUUUCAUUCAGCUGUGUUUCACUGGAUGUUAACAAUGAUAUCUUACAUUUUACCGCGUUUUAUCGAAUUUUGAAAAACUCGGAAAUGGUGAAAAGUUGAGAAUCACUGAAUAGAUAAUUCCUUUUAUUAAAGAAAUUGCGUCAUGUAAUAGCAAUACAGCUUCUUUCAAGCACCUCUUAUGUAGCGUCUUAACGUUGCUUUUUCGUGACCGAUGGUUCCUCGCAAAGGAUUUCUUCCUUCUGUAUUCAAACGUAGGGCAAAUUUCUCUUCAAAAAUCUGUCUAAUCAAUCUACAACAUUCUGUCUAAUUUCCCAGUACAGAUGCAAUAUAGGGUUUGUCAGUAGAAAUUAUUGUAAAUACUAAUAUGCUGAAGGCGAAAAUCCUUUGUGAACGGUACAUUAGCAUUAAUUCUUUCUGAAAAGUUGUCAGUGGGUUCCUUCAAUUUUCACAACACGAAUGUAAGCACAGAUUAGUGAUUCUUUGCAUAGGUGUGCGCGACUUAGACAGUACCGACGCAAGUAUCUUCAAGAGUCUGCCUAUAAGCCUCAUGCGAUUUUCGAGUGUGCUCCAUAUAAUAUAAAAAUACUGAAAUGUUUCUUAUUUCUGUGUUGCAAGAAUCAACACUUUUAUACUGAGUUAUCAAGGUGUUGUACGUGGUGUAUCCUGAUAAGAGUGUGUACUUUUCAGAUUUUCAAAGCUUGAAGAUAGCCACCCAAAAUGCUAUGUGAUUCAAGCUUGUAAAAUUCCAGUGUCAGUGCCAAAAUUGUUAUUGCCUGUAUAAUGGGUUUUCAAUGUAAAUAAAAAUGCGACAACUCAAAGACAC